GACUCGCUCGCUGUAGCUACACCAAACUCGCUGCGCUCUGACCACUGCAACUUUUGCAGAGACUCCUCACUCCACAGACAUGUCGCACAAUAGCUGAAGUAAACCUGUCAUCGUGGCUCAUCAUUUGAGCCUCCAGAAAUAUACCGCAGGUGGGAUUUGCAUUGCACAGCCUCUCCUCUGUCGCUUCCCUCGCGUCGGACCCUACGUUUGAAAAACGCCUGGAUAUGAAUUAUGAGCAUUUUCCUCACUAAUGAACUGGGCCAGUAAUGCAGGAGACCGCGGCGACUCUCUCCUCAGUGUUUCAAGAUGGCAGAUUUUCAUUGAGUUUUGAACAGAAAUCUCGCUUUAUUUUUUGCCAUGAAUAACAGAAAUCCUUGCACCGAUGGCCCCUGUAUACGAAGAAAUGCAGGAAGUGGUGGCCCUGUCUGUGUGUGAUUGGUCCCAGGUGCCUGGUCAGGUUGGACUGGUUCCUCUGUUGUCGGGGUUCAUCACAGGAUUUCAAAGAGGUAUGGCCUCGCAAGUGCAAGUGUUCUCCCCUCACACUCUCCAAUCAAGUGCCUUCUUUAGCGUGAAGAAACUGAAGGUGGAGCAGAGUUGUAACUGGGAUAUGACAGGGUACGGCACACACAGCAAAGUCUACAGCCACAACAGCAGCAAGAACUUGUCAUCCGCCAGUGGCCCCCUAGGCAUCAAUAGCUCCCUGCAGGUCGCCAGCUCCACCCUGCCCUACGAGCAGGCACUCAUCUUCCCAGCCAGCGCUGGCCACAUUGUGGUCGCCUCAGCCAGCAGCACUUCGGGGGCCGUGGGGUCUCUGCUGGGCAGCGGGGGUGGAGGCAGCAGCAGCAACAGCAGUGGUGGUGGAGGUGGCGGCGGCGGCGGCAGUGGUUUGGGUGGUGGGGUUGGUGUUCACAACCUGACACGCCGCAGCACGGUCAGUCUCCUAGAUACCUACCAGCGAUGCGGGCUUAAACGCAAGAGUGAGGAACUUGACAACAACAGCAGUGUGCAGAUCAUUGAGGAGCACGGCCCACUGAUGAUCCAGAACGGAGCAGCCAGUGGAGCCACGGUGGCCACAGCCGCCACCUCCACGGCAACGUCCAAGAACAGCGGCUCCAACAGUGAGGGGGACUACCAGCUGGUGCAACAUGAGGUGCUCUGCUCCAUAACCAACACCUAUGAAGUGUUGGAAUUCUUGGGGCGAGGAACCUUUGGACAGGUGGUUAAGUGUUGGAAGAGGGGCACCAAUGAGAUAGUAGCGAUCAAGAUCUUGAAAAACCACCCGUCGUAUGCACGGCAGGGACAGAUCGAGGUCAGCAUUCUGGCACGUCUCAGCACGGAGAGUGCAGAUGACUACAACUUUGUGAGGGCCUACGAGUGCUUCCAGCACAAGAACCACACGUGCCUGGUGUUUGAGAUGCUGGAGCAGAACCUGUACGACUUCCUCAAGCAGAACAAGUUCAGCCCUCUGCCGCUCAAAUACAUCAGACCCGUGCUACAGCAAGUGGCCACAGCGCUAAUGAAACUGAAGAGCCUGGGCCUGAUCCACGCCGACCUGAAGCCAGAGAACAUAAUGCUUGUGGACCCGUCUCGACAGCCCUACAGGGUCAAAGUCAUUGACUUUGGCUCAGCUAGCCAUGUGUCCAAAGCAGUCUGCUCCACUUAUCUACAGUCCAGAUACUACAGGGCUCCUGAGAUCAUCCUGGGCCUGCCGUUCUGCGAGGCCAUAGACAUGUGGUCCCUGGGUUGUGUGAUAGCCGAGCUCUUCCUAGGAUGGCCUCUCUACCCUGGGGCCUCAGAGUACGAUCAGAUCCGGUACAUCUCACAGACGCAGGGUCUGCCUGCAGAGUAUCUGUUGAGUGCAGGGACAAAGACCACCCGGUUCUUCAACAGAGACCCCGACUCCACCUAUCCUCUCUGGAGACUUAAGACUCCAGAGGACCACGAGGGUGAAACGGGGAUCAAGUCCAAGGAGGCUCGCAAGUACAUCUUCAACUGCUUGGAUGAUAUGGCACAGGUGAACAUGACAUCAGAUCUGGAGGGGAGCGACAUGCUGGCAGAGAAGGCCGAUAGAAGGGAGUUCAUCGACUUGUUAACCAAGAUGCUGACCAUUGACGCAGACAAGCGGAUCACUCCUAUCGAAACGCUCAACCACCCCUUUGUUACUAUGUCACAUCUCCUCGAUUUCCCACACAGCACACACGUGAAGUCAUGCUUCCAAAACAUGGAGAUCUGUAAGCGUCGUGUCAACAUGUACGACACAGUAAACCAGAGCAAGACGCCCUUUAUCACCCAUGUGGCCCCCAGCACCUCCACCAACCUCACCAUGACCUUCAACAACCAGCUGAACACUGUGCACAGCCAGGCCACCAACCUGGCUCCCUCCUCAACCAACAAUGCCACCCUUUCCUUUGCAAGUCCUGAUGUCUCCAUACUAAACUACCAAUCUGCACUCUACCAGCCCUCCGCUGCCUCCAUGGCAGCCGUGGCCCAGAGGAGCAUGCCCCUGCAGCCGGGGGCUCCUCAGCUCUGCGCUGCCCGGCCUGACCCCUUCCAGCAGGCGCUCAUUGUCUGCCCACCUGGCUUCCAAGGGCUGCAGGCAUCCCCUUCCAAGCACACCAGUUACUCUGUGCGGAUGGAGAAUGCUGUUCCCAUAGUGACGCAGGCCCCUGGUGCCCAGCCUCUUCAGAUCCAACCUGGCCUGCUCGCACAGCAGGCCUGGCCCAGCGGCACCCAGCAGAUCCUGCUGCCUCCAGCUUGGCAGCAGCUCACCCACACCUCAGUCCAGCAUGCCACUGUCAUCCCUGACUCCAUGAGCAGUACACAGCCUCUCGCCAACUGGAGGAAUUCCCAUCCUCAUGGCAGCCAUUAUAAUCCCAUCAUGCAGCAGCCAGCCUUGUUGGCUGGCCACGUCACUCUCCCAUCCAAUCAGACGCUCAACGUCGGUGUGGCACACGUUAUGAGGCAGCCCUCAACCAAUAACAACUCCUCUUCCAAAAAGAACAAACAGCACCAGAUGUCGGCCAGGAACAUGUCAGCAUACGAGGUGUCGUCCUCUCAGGCGGUGCUGUCCCCGCAACGCUCCAAGCGGGUGAAGGAGAACACACCCCCACGUUGCGCUGUGCUACAGAACGGCUUGGCCUCCAACUGCCCGCCCCCGCAAGGCUGUGGGGGUGGCGUGUGGGGGGCUAGCGAAGCAGAGCAGGCUUCCAGCACCACCCGCGACCAUCAGCACCAGCACCACGUCCCCAGACAGACCAUCAUCAUCCCCGACACUCCCAGCCCUGCAGUCAGCAUCAUCACCAUCAGCAGUGACACAGAUGAGGAAGAUGACCACAAACAAAACAACAGUUUAUCUUCAAAGCAGCGGAAGAAUGUCAUCAGUUGCGUGACAGUCCAUGAUUCACCCGACUCUGACUGUUCCAGCCACAACAGCCCCUACACUGUGGAGUCCAGACCCCCCAACAACAACAGCUAUGACACAAAGACUACCAUCCUGGACAACUACAACAAUGGGAACCCCCGCACCAUCAUCAUUCCCCCUCUCAAAACCCAGAACAGUGAGGUCCCAAAUGAGUGUGAGCGCCUGAUGUCAGAUGCAAUGAAUCAUCAGAAUUCAGCUUACAAGUUCAAAUCCUCCAAUGGAGUGGUGUCUGGCAAUAAUCACGUACCAGGAGGCAUGGCUGGAGGGGGGUCCUACCGACAGCAGCGCUCAGGGCCACACCCCCUCCAGCAGCAGCCUCUCAAUCUCAGCCAGGCCCAGCAGCACAUGGUAGCCGAUCGAAAUGGAGGUCAUCGGCGCCAGCAGGCCUACAUCACCCCCACCAUCUCCACUCAGGCCCCGUACUCUUUCCAUCACAAUAGCCCCUCUCACACGGGCAGUGUCCACCCACACCUGACUGCCACACACCUGCCCAGCCAGCCCCACCUCUACACCUACACAGCCCCUGCUGCUCUGGGCUCCACUGGCACCGUGGCCCACCUGGUGGCGUCACAGGGCUCGGCGCGCCAUGCAGUCCAGCACGGAAGCUACCCACCAAGCAUUGUCCACCAGGUCCCAGUCAGCAUGGGCCACCGCGUGCUGCCCUCGCCCACCUUGCACCACAGCCAGUACCAGGCCCAGUUUGCCCACCAGGCCUACAUCAGCGCCUCACCUGCCUCCACUGUCUACACUGGAUACCCGCUGAGCCCCACCAAGGUCAACCAGUACCCUUACCUCUAGAGAAGACACUGACUGACACUGGAGAGCCUGACCCAGCGCUGCUGCUUCCCCCGAACCCACCCGCCCUGAGCCCCGUCGACAUCCUAAACAUCCUCUCCUCGACCUCAGACAUAAACAGAGACAGAGGAACAUGCAAUCCUCAUGAAACUGUCACAUAUAACUUGAAGAUGACAGAGAGAAAAAGAAAAAAAGAUUCACAGCCUCUCUAGAAGGGAAAGAUGGUGUUAAAUUUCAGAGGGGUACAAUUCAAUUUCUUUCAAAUUUUUUUCUGAAAGGGCCAGUUUUUGCUUUUAUUUGUCUUUAAUUUGUCUGCUCUUCGCUUUACUUUAUGAGGAAAGUAAUGUCUCAUUAGUUUUACAGGGAAGUUUGAAACAGGCCCUUUGGGACAGUGGAGGUUUUCUGGUUUGUUUUCUUUUAUUUUCUCUUCUUAAAUUGGGGAAGUGACUGUUGAACAGGGGUUACUGACUGGAAGUUCGUAAUCCCAAGAGAUUUGGGAGAAGGUGAAAUACGGAAACCUGCUGCUCUUCAAAGAAAAAAAUAUUGAUGGCCUUGAACUGUCUUAAUAUUUCCAAAUCAUUCAUGGUGUGGGGAGAAAAGAGAGGCAACUCCCACCCACUCCACCUUCUCCAGCCGAGGAGGCUUCUGGAAAUAUAACCAACAGAAGACAACAAACUUUUUAGUGUAUUUAUAGGUAUUUUUCCUUUAUGUUUCACCUUUAUGACGAUACUUCAGUUUUAGCUAGGUGUCUUAGCUGGGCCCCGUUCUUAGAAUGUAGCAGUCGCACCUGUUUGUUUUGAGAAGAAAACUUUUUUUUUUCCUGAUACCAAUAGAUUUAUUUGUUUCUCUUUUUUCAAUGUGAUUGCACAAGUGGUUAUAAUAACAUAGGCAUGUACAACGUGAUUGUCUGUGUGUGCUACUGUCAGCCAUGCGUGUGUAGUCCACCUCCUCAAAAUUCUCUUCAGUCUUUAGGUUUUGACCAUUGUUCCCUCGUAGUGCCUUACAGAUAUAACGACACAGUUUACUUGGCUUGGAUCCUGAAAGCCACAAGAGACUAUAGCUAUACUUAGAGAGACAUGUUUCCCUGGUUUGACAUCCUAGUCGAGGCAGUUGUAGCUCUCUUCCAGGUGUAGGCUCAGCCCUUGCUGUUUCUUGUCUUAAUGACAGCAUACUAUAGAUGAUGAAGAUUAAUGUCAGAGUUGAUAUCAUGCUGAGCUAUUUUAUUAUGUGUGCAUGAGAUAACUUGCCUGGGGUACUUACCAAAGUCAUAGAAAAAUUCUUGUUACAUUUGCUCUGGAUAUUAAUGUAAAUAUGAAAAUGUACAGAAUAACUGUAGCUGUAAACCUCUAUCACAGUGACACCCAAAAUGUGGCUUUAGUUUGGAAUACAUUUGUUUGUUUUUUUAAUCACACAAGUUAAUUCAUGCAUCGUGAUUACACAGCAGAGAUAUUAGCUCAGUUUUCAUGUACAGGGAAUGAGUUACAGUACAAUGUUUGAGACACAGUAGAGGUCGUUUUUUAAGGUUAAAAGCUAGUCCGAGAGAAGGGCCUGACAGAAAGUGAUUGUUGCCGUGAGGGUGAUGCUGUGAGGCUUGAGGUAGCCGGCUGCAGCGAAGAGACGGAGUAUCGAGGGUUGUUUGAGAGAGAUACUGUGUAGGCACGAGUGAGGGGGCUGGUUGAAAGCACAGGGUCAGUUUAGGUAGGGACUGUGGAGGGCAGGGUGAAACUCUCUAUCUUAAAUGGGACUAAAAUGGUAGCAAGUUGGCACUGAGCAGGUUGAUAGUAACACUGAGCCCGGGUGGUCGGUAGGAGCCGCAGGGGCACUACCUUACCUGAAUGCACACCUAGAAUUCUGACGUGUUGUCAUUUGUUGCUGUCAUUGUUUGUUUCUCUAGCAAAGAUAAUUGGAAGUUAUUUGUUGUGCUUGAGGUUUGGAUAGCAUCUCAGAGCUGCAACAACAGAACAGAAGGGAAAUGCCACAGCAUACACCUGGAAGGGCACUUUGUGGACGACUUGUCGCCACUGUCCAUUUGUCUUCGAACCAGGCACACCACAGACAUCGCCACGCCAGCCGAACGGGAUACCUGAACACUUAGAGAACCAAUAGGGCUGUCGCUUAGUGUGUUUGCUGCUUGAUUUAACUGACAUUGUUUUUUUCUUGUAGCCAAUGAUACAAAUAAUCUCCUCUGUUCAUUUGUCCUCUCGAAGGUGGGCACAUCAGGACCACUAAUGGUUUAGUGAAAGCCCCUUCCCCUCUCCUUCAUGGUAUACCAUAGUACUUGCAUUUGAAGUGAUUUUUUUUUUUUUUUACUUAACAUUAUCUUGAACUUUUGGACAUGGCUGUAGUACAUGUUGUGUUUAUUUUUAGAGAUUGUUGCAAUAAUUCUUGUGGAUGUUUUAUCAGAGUGUGUGUGUUUUUAUUAUAUGUCAGGCUCAUUUCUAUUUUGUAACCUGGGGGUUGAUGUACAGUAAUAUUUAGUAUUCCGUGGAGGUGGGUGCACCUGUGUAAAGUGUUGCAACACUGCUGAUGAUAGUAAGUGUUGAGUUGAUGAUAAUCCAAUGGGGCCCUUAUAGAUAGAUGCUUAGGCUUGAGGGUGCAACACCCAGGAUUGAAAUACAACAAUCUCUUAAAAAAUCCCUUGGCAGGCCCCAGAGUGGUUUGUCAUCCUGGUACUUGUUUCCCCAAAACUCUCCACUCUCCGUCAGCUCCAGCAUGCAAACCUAGGGUGCGGGCAGUUAAAGAUGUGAUUACAUAGUACAUUGCUGGUUACAUCAUUCUUCCAUGUUAUGUUGUUGUCUUUUUAUUUUAUUGUACAGUAUCUACUUAAUUUCCUCUAGGUCAUUGCGGCCUAAGCACACAUGCAUAAGGGAGAUGAUUUUCCAUUGAAAUCUUUUGGCUCCUCUGUUAUGAGACAGACUACUGAAACAUUCCACUGUUUGGCGCAGGGAAUUUGGCGUUACCCAUGCUACACUGCUGUCCUGUCCCCCUUUCCUGUCAGCAUGGGGAUAGCAUUGUCACACUAGGACUUUUUCGCUCCUCCCACCAAAGAAUUCAACAGAUGGAUCAUGUACAGCACAGUACAGUAAAGUACAAGCAAUCCACCACAGCAUUGCUAAAGCAAACAGGCAAUAACUUUUGGUCUCAUCUUUAAACAUUUUAUAAGUGCUUUUGAGGACAUGUUGUUUUACACCCAAGCAAAUGCAUGUGUGCAUAUGAUGUACAAAUACACCGGGAGGAUUUAACAUAAUGCAUACAGCAUAGUCAUUAAUUUGUUUAGAAUCUGGACAUUCAACUAUGAGAAGAGCUGCAGUAGGUUUUACUUUCACUACUCCUCACACUUGGCCCCUGUCUAGAUUGAAUGAUCAAUAAUUAUCUAACUUUCCAACUCUCCAAAUUGUUUUAUAAGCCAGUUAUUUUUUUACGUUGUUGAUGUUGUAGCUUUACUGGUGUUGUGUGAAAAUGAAUUUGUAAAAACAAAAAAAUUUGUUUUACAUUAGCGUGCCAUGGAAUAGAAUGACCUGUAAAAAUGAAUUAAUCAAAAAUGUACCAACUAUACCUUUAAAACCAUGGUCACCUGCACAAAAUGAAUGUAAUAUGUGACCUGCAACAUCUGAAAUGGCUUUAGAUCUUUCUCAGUGGGUGACCAUUCAUUUAAUUUCUACACCGUUUGUGGCCAUGCAUGAUGCAAUAAUUAUACAUUUGAUCUCCAGCAAAAUCCCAUAUGAGAGAAAUAAUGUAAAAUUACCACUAUCCUCAUAAUUAGGGGAUAUCAAAUAAUCACUAUUUUCUCAAAUGAAAAAUCCAACAAAGAGAAACCCUGUAUGCGCAACAUUGUGGAAAAUGACUUGAUGUGUAUGAUACCUUUGUCUAUUACUCUGUUUCACAUAACCAAUGUUUUGUGUUUUAUAAGAAAGAUGAAUCAAAUGUGAGCAUUAACGUAGAUCGAGUGACCUUACAAAUUACCAAAAUGUGCUUAAGUAGAGUGUAAAACCUUUUUGUGUUGUUGAGGUUAGCAUAGCCUUCCCAGCUAGCGACUUUGUAGUUAGACUACUGCCUUCCAAAUAACUAACAAUACCGCCAAAGGUUUAAGGUGACAUUUAAAUUAGGGAAAACUAAAUAAGGCAGUAUCUCGCUCUCUGUGAAACCUGGCAUUCUCCUAUAAAAUCCACUCAAACUUCCAACUUUGCUCAUGAAUACUCCUCCUCCUGGAGCUUUGGAAACACUGAGAAACAUUCCUGAGAGCAUGAUGACGUGUAGUGCUACAUUAGUCUUCUUCAGGCAAAAUCUGUCAAGGUGAAGCUCAGCAAGAAGUAAAUCGACAACCCGCAACGUCAACCCCAACACUGGUACAGUGUAAACCGUUUGGCAACGUCGCAGCUGCUUCCCAAAGCACAAAGGGGUUAUGAACAGGUGUUAGGUGGAUUAAUCAUGAGCUGAUGUACUCUCUGUCACCAGGAAAUUCAUAAUCUAGCUACACAAGCAUUUUUAAAGCCCUUUUGGAUGAGAGUGUAUGUUUUUGUUUUUUAACCUUUGUUGAGGAGAUCUGCUCCUUUUGCUGGCUGUUCCUUGGGGGAAUUCAGGGUGAGGUGGUCAAGGUUUGAUGCCAUCACUGAUAGAGGGAUGUCAGGUGAUUACAAUGUAUGAAUUUAAGAACCAAAACUGAUUCAAAUACGAUUGUUUUCCUACUAUCUUUAUUUAUUCUAAUUUGCGUAAAAUCAAGCAAGGAUAUGGAUUAAUUUAUACCACCUUAAAUCCCCCAAUUUGCUGUGUUGUAAGAUCUUUGGCCCUACUUUACAUAACUGAAAAAUGUAGCUUUUCCCAUCUUACUUUCAGAGAGAUUUCGAGCCAAAUACAGUUAUUUUUGUGGUGUUAAUAAAUUGAAUCUAGAAGUGGUAGACCAAAGCUACAUUCAAAGCCAGAUUUGCCUGUUUACACUACAAAAAUAUUAAUCUUAAACUAGAGGUCAAGUCAAAGCCACAAUCCCUUUUGGUACAUUCUCAAAAUUCUAACAGUAAAUUAGUGUAGCUCAAUUUUCUUAAACAGCUACAUGCACAACAACAUUCAUGCAAGUGAUAUAUCAGUUUAUUUAUAUUUUCUAAAGACCUAAGAGUGCAUCAAACCCUGACCCCCUUUUGUGUCCAUUGCUGUAUGGUUUCUCAAUGAUGUAAAAUCUCAUUCUUUGUCGAUAAAGCUAAUGUGUGCUGCAGUAUUUCCUAGUAUACUUCUCUGUUAAUCGUCUUUUCUUAUUUACUUUUGUUUAUUGGGGUGUGAUGUCUCAUUAUUUCAAUCUGUUGAUGUAGCGUUCUAUGUAUACCCUGUUCCUUAGCUUAAUAUUAAGUAUGUUAUGAGAAUGGAUAUUUUACUGGCUUUAUAGAAUGUUUAAAUAAAUAUAAUAAUGACAAUAAGAAGGAUUAAUUAAACCUCCUAACAAGUUGAGUACUUGCUACUAAGCGCUUGUGUUACCAUUAUGAUGUUGUGUGCUUCUCUUAAUAAUUUUCGUUGUAGAAAAAUGGAGUGAAUUUAUAUUAGGCUUCGAAAAAACUAAUGAUAGCAUUGUAAAUUUUACAGGAGGAUUUUAACAAACAAACUGCUUCGUCAAAUAGAAGAAUAUAGUUAUUUUAAUUGUCCUCUUUACUAACUGUAGGGUGAGAAGGGGCUCGCGUUGUGGUGAACUAUGUUAUAGCUUGUUAUUCACUGUUACUUUUGAUCAUUUUUUCGGUCUCCGAGGUGAAUCGAGUUAUUAAUGAGAAUUUGUAUGCUCACAUAUGCAUAUUGUAUAUGUGUAGAAAUGUAAUCACACUUUGUCUUGGAUUUACAUUAAACUGUUAAGUCACGGCA